CGUAUGUCGUUGUCAAAUGUGGCAUAGGAAUAUACUAAAAUACAGUCAGAUUUACUUUAACGUUUUACGCUUUAGUUCCAAAGUUAGUGAUGCUGGAAAUAAGAAACCUGUGAAAGGUUUAGAUGAAAAGAUUCCUAAGAGAAAAUCUAGAGGUCGAUCGCAAUUAGUUUACUUGUUAUCAGCUCUAUCAUUUACUUGCCUGAGUGCGUACAUUAUAAUAAGCCUAGGCGCUCCUGAAGAAGACGAUGACGGCAUACCAAUAAGAGACGAAUUUUGUCAAUAUCAUCCAAUAGAUGCUUACCUGCUUAGAACAUACAGGGAACUUUGUUAUUAUCGGAGACUCCUUAAAGAACCUUCUACAGAAAAGUUACUUCCAGAUCCUCUAAAAGAGCCAUACAUUCAGCCCAAGUACACUUUAGUCCUCGAACUGAACGAGGUUUUGGUUCACUCAGAAUGGACCCACGCUUCCGGGAUGAAAUAUAAAAAACGUCCUUUAAUUGAACAGUUCUUGGAGUCCGUAAAAGACCAUUACGAGAUUAUUAUUUUCACCCAGGAACCAGGUAUGAUUGCUUUUCCCCUAGUAGAAGCCAUAGAUCCCCAAAAUGUGAUUGCUUUCAAGCUGGCCCGUGAUUCCACGAAGUUUACCGGAGGUCGUUACGUUAAAACCUUGUGCAAUCUCAACAGGAACCUCUCCAAGGUUAUUUGUGUGGACUCCAACAAAGACAACUUUCUGUUUGAUAACGAAAAUUUGUUCUGCAUGCAACCUUGGGGCGGGGACGACAAAGAUACGUCACUGUUGGACCUGGUGGGCUUCCUCAAAGCUAUCGCUGACAAUGACGUGGACGAUGUAAGGGAGGUGUUGCGCGUGUACAGAAAGUACGAAGAUCCCAUAGCGGCUUUCAGGGAGAACCAGAGGAAGAUGAUAGAUAAGUUGGAGAAAGAGGCUGAAGUGGAAAGGAGACAGAAGGAGAAAGAAGCUCGAUGGUCCAAUUUUUUUAAAUUGUGCAAAUGAAAUAUAUAUUUUUUUAAUAUGGGAAUACAUUUCGGUUUUAUUGUUUCAAUUAUAUCAAUAGA